AGACCAGAGCUCCUCCACAGUCCACAGCUGCAGGGCUGCCACUGCAAUUCAGAGGAAACAUUCACAGAGACAUUUCUGCUGCACGGGAGAAACAGCUCAUGAGAUUUCAAAACAGAAGACAAGACAAGGAGGCGAAGAAGGACCUGAUAAUGUCACAUCACAAAAGAUCCUGAGGCAAACUCUUGUCUGCAAUAAGGAUCCCGUUCCACGUCACUGGCGCCCAAAGCCUUUUUUCAUUUUUUGAGCUUUAUUGGAGGAAACCUGCUCCAUCUGCCUCUGCAUCCACCCCAGGAUGGCUGGCUGUACCAGCCGCUGCAGGCAGGGCGUGCUCAAGUUAAUCCAGUCCCUGCAGAGACUGGUCUCAGGAACUCUCACAAAAGAUAAAACAGAGGACGAGCUUGAGAUGACCACGGUGUGUCACAGGCCCGAAGGUCUCGAGCAACUGGAAGCCCAAACUAACUUCAACAAACAGGAGCUGCAGAUCCUCUAUCGGGGUUUUAAAAACGAAUGUCCCAGUGGAGUCGUGAAUGAGGAGACGUUCAAACACAUUUAUGCUCAGUUCUUCCCUCAUGGAGACGCCAGCAUGUAUGCACAUUAUCUAUUCAAUGCAUUUGACACUACAAACAAUGGCUCCAUUAAAUUUAAGGACUUUGUGAUGGGUUUGUCUAUUCUCCUGAGGGGCACAAUGAGGGAAAAGCUGGAAUGGACGUUUCAUCUUUAUGAUAUCAACAGAGACGGGUACAUAAACAGAGAGGAAAUGACAGAGAUUGUGAGAGCCAUUUAUAACAUGAUGGGAAAGUACACCUACCCUGCUUUAAAGGGAGACGUCCCCCAGCAGCAUGUCGAUGCCUUUUUCCAGAAAAUGGAUAAGAAUAAAGACGGAGUGGUGACUUUGGAGGAGUUCAUUAUUGCUUGCCAAGAGGAUGAAACCAUGAUGAGAUCCAUGCAGCUGUUUGAAAAUGUGAUGUAGGACAAGUGGAAAUGAAGGAGACAACGACAUGGAAGAUGAGAGGGCUUGGUGUGAUUGCUUGUGUGUGGGUGCAAAUGUCCUCCUCCUCCUCCUCCUCUUCCCGCUCCAUCCUGCUGAGGUCCGGAUACACCCAGAAUCUCCCACGAUGACUCAGAUGAAGGGAUUGCAGUGGAGUGCUUUUAGCCUUCCUGUCAAGUUUUUGCCACAACACAAACGCAAAGUGACUGAAGUGACAGACUUGGACGUUGAUGAGAAACACUUUCAGCCCUGUCAUGAAGACUGGCCUUUUAAAGAUAAAGAUGCUCCUAUAUAUGUUUGAAGGCUGCUCCCAAACUUUAAAGAGCCAAGUGUUCAAGGGGCUGAAAUUCCUUGAUUAUUUAUUUAUUUUUGGCAAAAUGUAAUUGCAUGAAAUAACUUUUUACCUCCAAGCAUUUGCAGGAUUUGUUACGGAAACGUGGCCAUAAGGACAUCUAUAUUUAUUAUUUCAUGCGUCCUUGAUUAACAGAUUUAAAAGUCACGUGUCGGUCUUGGUGAUGCAGUGACCCCUGUACUUUAGUGUCCAUCUGGCUGCAAGUCGUAAGUCUGCCUUGCUUGUUGCUGCUCCGUCUGUCUGUCUGUCUGUCUGGUGCUUACAGUAGAAAGUCCAAUGAGUUCAAAGCUAUAGCAUACAUGGGUGUAACAUGUUGAGCGGGUACAUGUGCAUGUCUUUUUUUGUCCUUGUUGGAGCUUUUAGUGAAAACUAAAUUGAUUGUUUGUUUGUUUUUUCUGUAUGUGUUGUCAAAAACGUGCAAGCAAAGUGGAAAAACGCCUAUAAAUGUUGGAUAUCGCUAUGAAGUGCCCACAACACUAAGGUGGUGAACGCAGUUUCCCUAUUAGUGUCAGGGGUGGUGACAGUGAUAACGUACCACUGUGUUUAAUUUGCUAAUGUAGCUGUGCCAGAAACAGUCAGAUGGUACCAGAUUGGCUGAUCUAUUCAAAUCCUACCCUUAGGAGGUUUUGUUAAUCUUGAAGGGAAACAUCACUAAAUGUCAGCAUCGGCAUGUCAUACUGUGAUGACAAUGAGGACAGCUCCGUCUGGAUUAACCAACAUCUUACACUGCCUUUCCCCUUUCAAACCAGGACAGUGAAGAAGUGCGCAUUCAUCCCGGGUUAGGUAUUAUGUAAUGACCCACAGAACGUCUGCAGUUUCCUGCCAACGGUUUUUCUGUCGUUCAAGGUGUCUUUAAAAGCACCAUUAAAGAAAACUCACCAGGAUAGAGUAGAUGAACCGCUAAAACGUUAAUCAUUGUUCUUUUUGCAGUCAUUGGAGCAGCUCUCUGCAGUGUGUUACGUCUCUGUGACAUCACAGCCUUACAUACCCCAUGUCUUGGUUUGAAUAAAAGUUGUUAAAAGAUAAAUUCUAAGUC